UCAUUUCCAUUCUCUGCUGCAUCCUUCUGUCGCAUUCAAGCUUCGGAAUCCGAGGAAACUGCUGCUCUGUUCCUCGUUUCACACAGUCUCCUCCCGGGAUCCACGCAGUCACCAUCAUGAACACUCUGAACCAACAGUAUGAGGAGAAGGUGCGUCCCUGCAUCGACCUCAUCGACUCUCUUCGCUCUCUGGGAGUAGAGAAGGACUUGGCGCUGCCUGCUAUCGCCGUGAUCGGAGACCAGAGCUCGGGGAAGAGCUCCGUGUUGGAGGCGCUGUCAGGUGUGGCUCUGCCAAGAGGAAGUGGCAUUGUGACAAGAUGUCCUCUCGAGCUGAAGAUGAAGAGAAGGAGAGAAGGAGAAGAGUGGUACGGGAAAAUAAGCUACCAGGACUAUGAGGAAGAGAUAAAAGACCCUGCCGAUGUGGAGAAACUGAUAAGAGAAGCUCAGGUCAAAUUGGCAGGGAUCGGGGUUGGGAUCAGUGAUGACCUCAUCAGUCUAGAGAUCGCCUCUCCUGAUGUUCCUGACCUGACACUCAUUGACCUGCCCGGCAUCACCAGGGUGGCUGUAAAGGGACAGGCUGAGGACAUUGGAGACCAGAUAAAGACACUGAUCCAGAGGUUUAUAACAAAACAAGAGACCAUCAGCUUGGUGGUUGUUCCGUCCAAUGUGGACAUAGCAACCACAGAGGCUUUGCAGAUGGCACGGGAGGUGGAUUCUUCUGGAGACAGGACUUUGGGUAUCUUGACCAAGCCUGACCUGGUGGACAAAGGCGCAGAGGAGGGGGUGGUUGAUGUUGUCCGUAAUUUGGUCAUCCAUCUGAAGAAGGGCUACAUGAUCGUCAGGUGCAGGGGUCAGAAGGAGAUCACUGACAGGGUUUCUCUCACUGAAGCCACAGAGAGAGAAAAAGCUUUCUUCCACGAUCAUGUGCAUUUCAAGGUUCUCUACGAUGAAGGCCAUGCAACGGUUCCUAAACUGGCUGAAAAACUCACCCUUGAGCUGGUGCAUCAUAUCCAGAAAUCUCUACCUCAACUAGAAAAGCAGAUAGAGAUGAAACUAACAGAGACCCAAGAAAAGCUUGAAAAAUGUGGCAGUGGACCCCCACUUGAUGCAGCUGAGAGACUCGGUUUUCUCAUUGACAGAGUGGCAGCGUUUACACAGGAAGCUAUCAGCCUCAGCACCGGGGAAGAAGUCCAAUUUGGAGACCGACUCAAUAUCUUUGCCACACUCAGACAACAGUUUACGGGUUGGAAAAAUACUAUAGUGAAUUCUGGAGUAAUAUUCAACCUGGAUAUUGAGAGAGAAGUGAAUCAGUAUGAAAAGAGGUACCGUGGGAGAGAACUUCCGGGAUUCAUAAACUACAAGACCUUUGAGGACAUGGUCAAGGAGCAGAUCAAAAAGCUGGAAGUACCUGCUGUCCUGAAGCUCAAGGAAGUGACAGACCUUGUGAUGAAAGAGCUGUUUGAGUUGGCAGAGAGCAGCCUUGUUGGAUUUCCUAAUCUCAUCAAAAUAGCUCAGCUAAAGAUCAACGCCAUCAUAAAGGAGAAGGCGACUGCAGCGGAGUCCAUGCUGAAGACUCAGUUUAAGAUGGAAAUGAUUGUUUACACUCAGGACAACAGAUACAGCAAGAAGCUGGUGAAACGCAAGAGGGAGCAAGAUAAGCCUGGUUCAUUUGGUAUCAAUGACAAUGGGGGCACCUUGAAAGAGAUGAUUAAACACCUGAAGUCUUACUACAAAAUUGCUGGUCAGCGACUGGCUGACCAGAUCCCGAUGAUCAUCCGCUACCAGGUGAUGCAGGAGUGUGCCGUCCAGCUGCAGAGGGAGAUGCUGCAAAUGUUUCAAAACCACGGGAACACAGAGUUUCUCCUUCAUGAGGACCGUGACAUAAAAACAGACAGAAUCGUCAAUCAGAAUUGCAUCAAGCGAUUGUCAGCGGCACGCAUUCUGUUAACUGACUUUAGUCUGAACACAUACAACUUCAACCAAGGGAGUAGGUUUGGUCCCACCAAGGGAAGCUACACAACAACCCACCCAGUACCUCCCACAGCCACCCCUGUGAUGGUGACUGCUGCAAAAAGCAAAAAGCAAAAAUACCACCACUUUUUCAUUUCCAUUCUCUGCUGCAUCCUUCUGUCGCAUUCAAGCUUCGGAAUCCAAGGAAACUGCUGCUCUGUUCCUCGUUUCACACAGUCUCCUCCCGGGAUCCACGCAGUCACCAUCAUGAACACUCUGAACCAACAGUAUGAGGAGAAGGUGCGUCCCUGCAUCGACCUCAUCGACUCUCUUCGCUCUCUGGGAGUAGAGAAGGACUUGGCGCUGCCUGCUAUCGCCGUGAUCGGAGACCAGAGCUCGGGGAAGAGCUCUGUGUUGGAGGCGCUGUCAGGUGUGGCUCUGCCAAGAGGAAGUGGCAUUGUGACAAGAUGUCCUCUCGAGCUGAAGAUGAAGAGAAGGAGAGAAGGAGAAGAGUGGUACGGGAAAAUAAGCUACCAGGACUAUGAGGAAGAGAUAAAAGACCCUGCCGAUGUGGAGAAACUGAUAAGAGAAGCUCAGGUCAAAUUGGCAGGGGUCGGGGUUGGGAUCAGUGAUGACCUCAUCAGUCUAGAGAUCGCCUCUCCUGAUGUUCCUGACCUGACACUCAUUGACCUGCCCGGCAUCACCAGGGUGGCUGUAAAGGGACAGCCUGAGAACAUUGGAGACCAGAUAAAGCGACUGAUCCAGAGGUUUAUAACAAAACAAGAGACCAUCAGCUUGGUGGUUGUUCCGUCCAAUGUGGACAUAGCAACCACAGAGGCUUUGAAGAUGGCACAGCAAGUGGAUCCUUCUGGAGACAGGACUUUAGGUAUCUUGACCAAGCCUGACCUGGUGGACAAAGGCGCAGAGGAAGCGGUGGUUGAAGUUGUCCGUAAUGAGAUCAUCCACCUGAAAAAGGGCUACAUGAUCGUCAGGUGCAGGGGUCAGCAGGAGAUCACCGACAGGGUGACCCUUACUGAAGCCACAGAGAGAGAAAAAGCCUUCUUCCACGAUCAUGCGCAUUUUGACACUCUCUACAAUAAUGGCCAUGCUGGUAUUCCUAAACUGGCGGAGAAACUCACACUUGAGCUAGUGCAUCACAUUGAGAUAACUCUGCCUCGGCUGGAAGAGCAGAUAGAGGAGAAACUAGCAGAGACUCAAAGAGAAAUGGAGAGAUACGGCGUCGGACCCCCAACCGAUGCAGCUGAAAGACUUUUCUUCCUCAUGGAUAAAGUGACAGAAUUCACACAGGAUGCCAUCAGUCUCACUACAGGAGAGGAGCUCAAGUGUGGAGACAAGCUCAAUGUCUUUUCUACACUCCGAGAAGAGUUCGGGAAGUGGAAUGCCCACCUGGACCUCUCAGGAGAGAAGUUUAACGACAGGAUUGAGAGGGAGGUGGUGGGAUAUGAGGAGAAGUACCGUGGAAGAGAACUGCCCGGCUUCAUCAACUACAAGACCUUUGAGGUUAUGAUCAAGGAGCAAAUCAAACAGCUGGAAGAGCCGGCUGUCAAGAAGCUCAAGGAUAUAAGCGACAUGAUUAGAAAGGCUUUCAUUCAGCUGGCCCAGAGUAGCUUCAUUGGAUUUCCUAACCUCAUUAAAACAGCCAAGACGAAGAUCGAAGCCAUCAAGCAAGAAAAGGAGUCCACUGCUGAAUCAACGCUGAGAACCCAGUUCAAGAUGGAGCUGCUUGUUUACUCUCAGGACCGGACGUACAGCAACAGCUUGAGUGACAGGAAGAAGGAAGAGGUUGACGAGGACGAAGAAAAAUAUGAUCAAGACAGAAGUAUUGUAUAUUGCAUGGACAAUCGUGCGACGAUCCAGGAGCUAAUGUUGCACCUUCAAUCAUAUUACAAAAUCGCCGGACAGCGUCUGGCUGACCAGAUCCCGCUGGUGAUCCGCUACCAGAUGUUGCAGGAGUCUGCUGUCCAGCUGCAGAAGGAAAUGCUGCUGAUGCUUCAGGACAAGGAUAAUUUUGACUUCUUGCUGAAGGAGGAUUUCGACGUAGGCACCAAGAGGGCCAAUUUGCAGAGUCGCCUUAAGCGUCUCACAAAGGCCCGAAAAUUCCUGGUGGAGUUCUAGUAGAGAUCAGGCAAAGGCACAGUUUGAGCAAUAAUGUUGGGGGAUCAUCAAAUUCUAUAUUU